AGGGAGAGGGAGGAGGAGAGAGAUAAACAGAUGAUGAGGUGGACAGUAAUCAGGAUUAGGGAUUGAGGGCCGUGUGUAUAAAUCUCCAGUUCAGUGAAACACAGAAGUGAAAAUCUGUUACAGAGAGGACGAGUGACCAUCAUCUUCAUUAUUUCCAUCACUGGCUGAUCAGCCAUGCGAUUGGUCAGUCUACAGCAUCGCGUACGGAGGGAGGCGGAACAUGAGUCUGACUCCGCCCCAGGCCCGCCCCCUCCCUCUCAUCACUCCCACAACUUCAUUGAUAUGAAGAAUAAGUUCUUCAAUGAGCUCGGACACCUUCCCAUGCCCAUGUGGGCAAUCGGUGCCAUCGUGGUGGUGGUUCUCGCCCUCGUCGCCUGCUUCGCUUUUUGUAUGUAUAAAAAGUGUUUCGGAGGAAAGAAAAAAGCGAAGAAAGUGAGAGAGCGAAAGGGCGUACGGCGGGUGAAAAAGCAGAAAGAGGGAGAGGAGGAAAAGGCAAGAAAACAAACUGUACAUUUAGGACAAGAAGAGGUGAAACAUGAAGAGGAAAAAGAGCAGGAAUUCUUCGGAAAACUGGAAUACACACUGGAUUACAACUUCACUGAAAAUCAGCUCAUAGUUGGAAUCCUUCAGGCCCAAGACCUUCCUGCGAUGGACAUCGGCGGCACCUCGGACCCCUACGUUAAAGUCUACAUGCUUCCUGACAAGAAGAAGAAAUUUGAGACCAAAGUUCAGAGGAAGAACCUCUGUCCUGUUUUUAAUGAAACCUUUAUUUUUAAGACCCCCUUUAAUGAUUUGGCCGGACAGACGUUAGUGCUGCAGGUGUUUGAUUUUGAUCGUUUCGGGAAACACGACGUGAUCGGAGAGAUUAAAAUUCCCAUGAACAGUGUAGAUCUGGGACAACCAAUCCACGAGUGGAAAGACCUGGUGGGAGGAGAGAAAGAAGAGCAAGAGAAACUGGGUGAUAUCUGUAUUUCUCUGAGAUAUGUGCCAACAUCUGGGAAACUCACUGUGUGUGUGAUGGAGGCCAAGAACCUGAAGAAGAUGGACGUCGGUGGUUUAUCAGACCCGUUCGUGAAGGUGGUCGUUCAACACAACCAGAAACGUCUGAAGAAGAAGAAGACCACGGUUAAACAGAACACGCUGAACCCGUACUUUAAUGAGAGCUUCAGCUUCGAGAUUCCCUUCGCUCAGAUUCAGAAGGUGCAGAUUGUGAUCACGGUGUAUGAUUACGAUAAACUGGGCAGUAACGACGCCAUCGGAAAGUGCUGGAUUGGAUACGGAGCCAGCGGAGUCGGACUGCGGCACUGGUCAGACAUGCUCGCCAACCCGAGACGCCCCAUCGCCCAGUGGCACACGCUGCUGCCCGAGGAGGAAGUGGACGCUGCACUGAAGGCACCAGUCCGCUAAUUUUAGACACAC